AUGGGGCAGGAGAAGUCGUGCAAAACUAUAGGUUCACCGGUUGACAACUCCGAUGUUGUGCAAGCGGUGGUCAGAAAGACACCUCCAGCUGACUACACAUUAAUGAUCGACUCAUUCUCUUUUCUUCUUGAAAUGCUCGAUAAAACAAAUGCAGAGAGUUAUAGUUCAAAGAUUUUUGAAGCUUCUGGUUACAACUGGAAAUUGCAUCUUUACCCACGGGGUGACGUGAAUAGAAAUGGAUUAGGAUUCAUCUCCUUUUACACGAGUAUCCAUAACAGUAGUGCCCUUCCUCUGCGCUGGCAGAUCAAUGCAAACAUCGAGUUAUUUGUGUAUGAUCAGAUUCGAGGCGAGUACUUAGUUUUCCAAGAUGUUAGCGGAGAAGCAAUACGAUUGGAUGAAAUGAAGAAAGAAUGGGGCACUGCCCAAUUGCUGGAUCUCAAAAUUUUUCACGAUCCCACAAACGGGUUCCUUCUUGAUGACAAAUGUGCAUUUGGGGUGGAGAUUUUGGCCAAAAGAUAUUCAGGCAGAGGAGAGUAUUUGCCUCUGCCUGUGAACAUAUUCAGUACUUACACUUGGAAAGUGGUCAAAUACUCGCAGAGUGAAAAACUUAUAUAUUCUGAUGUUUUCGUUAUGGGAAAUCUAAAUUGGAAGCUGGUUCUUUUUCCGAAUGGAUACCAGAUCCAAGAAGGGAAAAGCAUUUCCCUCUCUCUAAUGUCAGCUCAUGAAGACACUAAUUUUAGAAUAUAUGCAGAAUACAAAUUACGCAUAAAGAACCAGAUGAAUGGCAAAGAUUUGGAACGUACAGCUAAUCAUUUGUUCUCUUAUUGCGAUUUUGAUCGGGGUUGGCCAGCCUUUCACUCUUUGGAUGACAUUAAAGAUUCUUCUAAAGGCUACCUAGUGAAAGAUACUCUAAUUGUUGAAGCUGAAGUCACUCGUAUCUCGACUGUGAAUGAUUUGUCCUCAAAAUGA